AUGGAUAACGAAAUUACUACCAAAAGCACAAUAACCUUACUCAGAAAUGUGCUAUAUUUCUACUUAAUAUUAAAACGCAAAAAAAAAAUAAAUAGCGACGCAUCAGUUUCUAAAAAUAAACAUCAAAUCGCGAUUAGUCGAGAUGGAAAAUUAGCUGUUACGUUCGACUCUGAGAAUCAUGUGGUUAAAGUUUUCGAAAAUACAGAUUAUCGCAAAUUCAGCAUCAACAAGAAACAGAAAAUUCAUACAUCUCAAGAAGGCUUAGAACAAAAUAAAACCGAUUUAACCCAUGAAAUUAAUAAAACUAUAGCUACUUUUAAAAUAAAUGAUGAUUUAACUUUUAAAAAAUUUGGAACAGUCCAUGACCAAUCAGAUAUAGUUCCAUUAAAGAACAACAACCAAUUUAGAUGGUCAUUAGAUAUAUCGAGCAUGAGAAAGUAUCAUGUUGAAUAUAUUGUUAAUGUUCCCGAUAAAAGAACUGCAAUAUAUUGUCUUAAAUUAGACCAAUAUCAUGCAGUUGACAGCAAGUUUAUUCGAGCUUAUAAUUUGAAAAAUUUGUCUGGAAUUUGUAGAUUUAUAGAAGAUACUAAAUCAGAAGGAUAUAAUGAAUGUAUUUUGAAAAGAUUCAUUGUAAUGAACAUUAAUGGGAUAUAUAACUUUGAAUAUAUUUUGGGCAGCAAUGGUUUUAACAAUAAUGAAAGAUUUUCUUAUCCGAAAAUUUUUGAGGAAGAAUUAAAAGAUUGGUAUGAUGAUGAAGGUAUACCGGAUUGCAUGGACCGCCUCCUUUCAUGUAUUUAUGACAAAUAUUUUUUGGUCGAAUAUUAUAAAAACAACUUACAAUUUCUUGAAGUAUUUGAUCUGGUAGAGAUGAAAUUAGAAAGCAACAUAAAGAGAAAAGAAAGCAUGGAGAAACACUUAAGAAAGUACAACAAGUAUUCUUAUUCAAUUGAUAAGCAAAAAUUGCAACUUUGUUUUGCCAGAGGUCAAUCUAUUAGGAUAUAUUUCAUGGAGAGUGGUUUGGAGAUCUCAUAUAGAUUAUUUGAGAAAAUUAAAAAAAUACAUUUAAUAGAAUUCAUUGACGGUGAUGAGAAAUUACUGAUAGUUUACAGUGAUGAAGAAAAAAAUCAAAAACUUAUUAUCUGGGAUUUAUAUAACACUGAUAUGGUUAAAACAUUUCCAUUAUGUGAAAAUACUCAUUUGGCUAGAACUUCUGGAAAUCUUUUACAAGUUGAUGAUAAUGGAAAAGUUACCUCAGUGCUUAAGAUGAUUGAUAAUGAAUUAAGGAAGAAGACAAAGAAAGAAAUUGAUGAUCAAAAUUUCUUAGAAUACACUGCAGAAAUCGAAAAAGAUCCCAUACUUAAUGAGGGAGAAAUUUCUCAGGAAAGGCAUACUGUAUUUUCUUAUGAAGAGAAGUCCAAGCCAUUAAUUAAUGAAACAGAACCAUGGGUAAUGGAUUAUUAUGACGAGACAUCAUUUUAUCUUUUUAAUGAUGAAAUAGAGGUUUUGCAGUUAAUAAUAGGAAGAACUACCGUUCAAAUUUGGCAUAAAUUCUUUUCAGAUCCAAAAAAUAAAGUUAAAGAGAAAGAGAAACUUCCCAAUGAAGGAAAACCAUUUCUUGAAUUUAUUUGGACAAAUGGAAUUCCAAUAAAUCAAGAAAAUAAAGAAAAUAGAUUACGCAUUAACAAGCAUAUAUUCGGACCGAAAUAUUUUUAUUUGGAAAUUUACUGGUAUGAAAAUAAUUCAAGAGAGGAAGUCGAUGAGAUUAACAUGGAAGAGAAUAUGAAAGCAAUGAAAGAAAUUAAGGGAAAAGUGUUGAAAAAAAGAAUGAUAGAGUGGAAUGAUAUUAAUGAAAAUAUGAAUGGAGUAAGAUACGCAUGUAAAGCAUUAGAACACCUUAAUAAGCGUGCUAAAUCUAUAAAAUCUUUUGUAAAUUACGAUAAAGUAUAUAAAGUAAUCUGGAGAUAUAUUAUACAAAAGCCAGAUCAAUACAGAUUACUUGACGUUCGACAUAAUGUUAUGAAAAAUUUAAUCCUUGGUGAUUGCGAUCUAUUAAUUAAGUUUAUUCUAUUUGGAAAUAAUUCAAACGAUAAUGAAGCAAAGGAGGAAGAAAAUUUUCAAGUAAAACAUAUACCUAGAAGCAGAUCUUGGCAGAAAAAGCACAAAUAUAUAAGGGAUGAUGACAUUAAUCCUUUUAACAGAAAUAAAAAAAUAAAAGAUCACGAGAACAUAGUGCCAGGAAAUGAUUUGGAAUUAGCAAUUUAUCAUUGCAGAGACCAUGAACAAAAAGAUACGAUCGUCGUGGCUUAUCUUUUGGAAUAUUAUUCAAGCCAUGCUAAAGAUCAUGUUGGUUGGAUGGUUACUGUUUCUACGGCACUUCCUUUAUUAUACAAAUAUAAUUAUGAUAAUUAUGCCAGAAGGUUAUUUCAUAAAGAAUGUUUUGCAAAUCAGAAUUAUUUUUUAGCACAGGAUCCUUAUGAUAUCAUUCCAGAAGAAUUUUUGGAAAGGCGUAAUAAUGAUGCUAAGUUCAGAGCAUUUAGACCUAUAAUCGAUCUGCAAUCAGCUAAAGAAAAUGCAUUAUAUAAUUAUAUUAAUAAGAUUAAACAUAACAUAGCUGGAUGGUUUGAAAACUUUGAUAAUGAUCAUGGGAAACCACCUUUAGCUUUGCGAGUUGUACCACUUCCUGAAUUUACAGUGAAUAAAAUUAAGAAGAAAGAAGAAGAGUAUACCGUUUGGAAAAUCAUUUUAAACAUUUUUUUGUUCAUGAUCGUACCACGACUGUAUAAAAUUAACCGAAAAGAAAAAAACUUAUUAAGUCCAUUUUCAAGAGUUGUUCAAUAUGAAAAUUGUGAUGAUAUGUUUAAUAAUCCAGCAAUUGAAGCAGUUAUUGAUUUUCGUUGGAAAAAGACCAAAAAUUAUAUCUUCAUACAUUUUCUUCGAUUUCUUUGUUUCGGAAUAUGUUUCGGAUAUAUAAGUUGGGAAUAUAUGAACAACAAUAUUGAUAAUAAAGAGCUGCAAAAAUUUUUGGCUACGUUAAUUGUCUUAUUCUAUUAUUUGGCAAUUCAUCUAUUAGUUACCGAAGCAAUACAAUUACAUUAUCGUGGAUGUAGACGAUACUUUUGUUCAAUACUUGAUAAGUUUGAUCUAAUUUCAGUUUUAUUACCAGUAAUAGUGAUCACAGUAAUACUUGUUGAAACAUUUCACUUUUCUAAUGGCUUUGAAAGUGUUAAGAAAGUAGAUUCUCAAAUAGUUGUGGGAAUAUCUUUCUCAAUGCUAGUAAUUUGGAUUGAAACUAUUCUAUAUCUUCAUCUAAUAUCAAGAAUUGCUACCUAUAUUUAUUAUGUUAUUAUAAUUAUCCAAUCCGUACUUCCGUUUCUUAUAUUUACGUUUAUUGUAAUAUUUGCGUUUGCACAUACAUUGUUUUUAUUGCUUAAAGACCCGGAACAAGCAGGGAUUAGAACUAAGGAUGCUACAGCUAGUGGAUUUGCAAUAAAUGAUAUAACAAAAGAAAGUUUUGAAAUUAACCUCAAAUCAGAUUUUAAUCCUACAGAUCGGAAUGACAAUCCAUUUUCAUCAUUUUCUACUUCAAUAGAAGCUGCAUAUUAUUGGAUUAAUGGUGAUUAUGUUCAAAGGGAUCUGUUUGAUUCUUGGAUUGUCAAAGUAUUUACUUUUAUGGCUAGCAUAUUUAUUGUAAUUAUUUUACAAAAUAUGUUGAUUGCUUUCAUGGGUGGUGUUUAUGAAGAAACAGUAACUAAAGGUAGACAAGCUUUAUUAAGGUAUAGAGCAAAUCAAAUAGCAGAUUAUGAAGCUUUAUGUCACAUUCAUCUUUGGCCUCAUGAAUCAGAUCCUAAAUAUAUUCAUUAUAUCGGUCAGUCUAAAAACUUUGAAAAUUGGCACAAAAGUAGAAAAGAAGAUCAAGGUACUAUUUAUAAGGAUUUUGAAGAGCCACCCACAUUUAUUAAAAACGCAUUUAAAAGAUCAACUUAUGAUGAAUAUUCAAUUUGGCAAUUUGAAAAUAAAGAUGAGAAUGACAAAAAGGGAAAGUCUACCGAAAUAAUCCCAACAACUGAAGAAGUAGGAGAAGUUCAGGUAGAUGUCGGGAAGUCAGAUGAUGCAAAAAGAAAAACUCAAGUAGAUGCUGCAAAGUUAAUUCAGGAAAUUGAGAAAUUGAAGAUCAAUUUGAGUUCAAUUGAAUGCUCACUCAAUGAGUUUAAAAAUCAAAAGUUCCAAGAAUAA